AUGUCGAAUCAUCCUUCCGAUACACCCGCCGAUGAUUUCCUCGAGCAAAUUCUCGGCCUCCCGAAUUUCACCUCCGCCGACGGAACCGACGCCUCUUCAUUAGCUUCUCCGAUGAUGCUGCAGCUUAACUCCGGCGACGCUGCCACUCAUCUUGCUGGCGGAGCGGGAUUUCAUGCACCGGUCUACCAUUUGGGCCUGAGCUUAGACCAGGGUACGGGAGGGUUCUUGAAGCCGGAUGAUGCUUCCGGGAGUGGCAAACGGUUCCGGGAAGAUGUUGUUGAUACCAGACCUAAGAAUACUUUUCAUGGGCAGCCCAUGCCGACUACAGUUCCUACUGCUCCACAUCCACCAGCAAUGCGUCCUAGAGUGCGGGCAAGAAGAGGACAGGCUACAGAUCCACACAGCAUCGCUGAAAGGUUGCGCAGAGAGAGAAUAGCUGAAAGAAUCAGGGCUUUGCAAGAACUUGUUCCUAGUGUCAACAAGACAGAUCGAGCUGCCAUGCUGGAUGAAAUUGUAGAUUAUGUCAAAUUCUUAAGGCUUCAAGUGAAGGUUUUGAGCAUGAGUAGAUUGGGUGGAGCCGGUGCGGUGGCACCACUAGUAACUGACAUCCCAUUAUCGUCGGUCGAGGAAGAAGGAAGUGAGAGCAGGAGAAACCAACCAGCUUGGGAGAAGUGGUCUAAUGAUGGCACAGAAAAGCAAGUAGUUAAGCUCAUGGAAGAAAAUGUUGGGGCUGCGAUGCAGUUCCUUCAAUCAAAGGCACUCUGCAUUAUGCCAAUCUCACUGGCAUCAGCGAUAUACCAGUCACAACCCUCAGACAACUCAAGUAUAGUUAAGCCCGAAACUACUCCUCCUUCAUAG